AUGGCGGUUUUUGCGGAUACCUUUAUCGCGGAAUUUGGCCUGACGCGCACCGAACUUUCCACAGCCUACCUGUUUGGUACCGUCGCCAGCGCUUUUACUCUGCCGCGCGCCGGUCGCUGGUAUGACCAGUGGGGUGCGCGGGUGAUGCUCGUGGCAGCGCCGGCGUUCCUCGGCAUCAUGCUGGUAUUGAUCAGUGGCAUUGAUUGGCUUGCCGGACUGUUAGUGGGUGUAUUUGCACUGCCUUUAGCCUGGAUAACUUUCCCGCUCAUUCUGUUGGGUUAUUUUGGUGUGCGGUUCAGUGGGCAGGGUGUAUUGACCUCUGCCAGCCGCAAUGUGUUGCUGGUUUGGUUUGAAAAGCGUCGCGGACUUGUUUCUGGUCUGCGCGGCGUUUUUGUAUCGUUAGGCUUUUCUAUUUCUCCUUUGAUUCUCGCCUGGAUGAUUGACGCCUUUGGUUGGCGCGGCGCGUUGUGGGUCAUGGCACUGGUCGUUGGUGUCGGGUUCACCACCAUCGCGCUGUUCACGGUCCGAGACCACCCUCACGUGGCGGGUUUGACCCCGGAUGGAGACGCCCGCUCCGACAACCACUCGGACCAACAUUCAAAAUCAUUGCCUGAGCGCACCGCCAGUGACGCCAAACGCGAUCCGGUUUUCUGGAUCUACUCGGCUGCGCUGUCUAUGCAUGCUCUGUUUGGUACCGCAGUGACUUUCCACAUUGUCGCUAUUUUUGAGGAGGCGGGGCGCGACCGCGUCGAAGCGUUUGCCUAUUUUCUGCCCCAGGCGGUGGUUUCAUUGAGUGUAAAUCUUGUUGCCAGCGCACUGGCGGAUUACUGCCGCUUGAAGCCUCUGCUAAUUGUCAUGCUGCUGAUGUUUCUGGUCGGUGCGUAUGGAAUUACGCAAUUACACACCGAAGAGGGUUAUUGGUUGCUGGUACUGGGUUUCGGUGCAGGUGGCGGGUUAUGGGGUGUUUUGUCUAAUCUUGCUUUUAUUCGCCAGUUUGGCGCCCUGCAUCUAGGCGAAAUCAGCGGUUUGAAUACUGCAAUCACGGUUUUUGCCAGCGCGAUUGGCCCAGUCGCCUUCAGCCUGGCGAACGAUACUUUCGGCAGCUUCGAUGCAGCAGCAGUUGGCUGCAUUUUCGGGCUGGUUGUGUUGUUGCUGGUCGCGAUCCUGCUCCCACAACCGCUGGAUCGUGCUUUUGCUGAUGCCUUGCAGAUGGAUGAUCGGGUUGAUGCGGUAUGGUUUCCGCCGGCACUGUACCUGGGCGCUGCGGUCGCGGUUGCGCCACAAGGGCUGGCCUGCGGUGUGCAGGACAUUGGUACAGCGGCCAGCGGCCCGCAUACCGGUGAAAUUGCAGCAGAGAUGGUUGCUGAUGUUGGCGGCUCAUGGACUAUUGUUGGCCAUUCAGAGCGACGCCUGGCGCAAAAUGAAGGCGACGACCUGGUGGGUACUAAAACCGCGGCGGCUUUGCGGGGUGGAUUGAAUCCUAUUGUAUGCGUCGGUGAAACUGCUGCCGAGCGUGAUGCGGGCCACGAAAAGAUAGUGGUACAGCGCCAACUUGAAGCCGUGCUUGAUCGUAUUGAUCAUGCGCAGCUGGGUAAAAUUGCUAUCGGUUACGAGCCGGUUUGGGCGAUAGGCACCGGGGUCACCGCAAGCCCGGAGCAAGCGCAGGAAAUGCAUGAAUUUGUGCGGCAGCUACUGACUGAAGUAAAUGCUCAAAUGGCGGCACAGAUUCGAAUUGUUUAUGGUGGCAGCGUGAAGCCGGAGAACGCUGCAGAUAUAUUUGCUCAGCAAGACAUUGAUGGCGGGUUGGUGGGCGGCGCAUCGCUGAACGCGGCUGAUUUCACAGCCAUCAUUGAUGCCGCAGCCCAGGCGCGUUAG